AUGGUUACCACCGCUUCACCUCCCUCAUCUGCUUCACCCUAUUUGCAGCAGUCAUGGCACCAAUUCAUUCCAUCAUCUCAGACUUGGAGCCGUGUUGAAACCUCUGGGCCGCCCCGCCAAGCAUCGGAACUCGGCAGAAAUCUGGAUCCAAAGUUGAGGAUCGUCACUUGGAACGUCGACGCUGGUGCUCACUUCACCGAGUCUCGGUUGGAGGCCAUUGUCUCUCACAUCCUGUGCCAAAAGCCCGUGGCCGACAUCAUCUUUUUCCAGGAGGUUUCCAGGCCGGCGCUACUGCAUCUCUUGAAAGAUACUCGCAUUCGAGAUUCAUGGUUCUCAACGGAAGCGGAUACGACAAACUGGGGAGGCCACAUAUUUGCGACCAUGAUGCUUGUUUCAAAGGCCAGGUUUGGUCCCUCCAACAAAUCCAUGUCUGUCUCGGCCCUAGGACCAGUGUGGAGGGUCAAGUUUCCCAGUCGCUUCGGCAGAGAUGCCCUGUGCAGCGAUAUCUUUGUUUCUUCCCCAACAGAUAACUCGUCCCAGAUAUCACGACUUAGACUGAUCAACGUUCAUCUCGACUCACUCGCCCUUGAACGUUCAAGGCGCCCUGAGCAACUGUCAAUCGCUGCAGAAAUGUUGAGAGAGACUGGAAAGGGUCUGAUCGCUGGUGAUUUUAAUCCUGUCCUUCCUGAGGAUAAUACUCUUGUCGCAUAUAAUGGUCUUGUGGAUGCUUGGACUAAGGUGCACGACUCUGAGCCGGGGUUCACUUGGGGUGUUGAUGGAAAGCAGGCCUUCCCGCCAGGUCGGCUCGACAAGAUUGCUAUAUUGGGCUUGCAACCGCACGAGAUCGAGGUCAUGCAUCCUGGUGUAAUUGAGAAGGAGGAGUUUGGUGUUGGACAAGUGCCUUGGAGCGACCACUCUGGCUUGAGAUGUACCUUUGAGGUCUGA